AUGGAGUGCCCCUCGCCUGCCUCUGCAUGCACUCCCUCUCUCACAUCCCUCCUCGCGUCCUCUGCUGCUCCACUCGCCUUCUGCUCUCUCUGUCCUAACUUCUGCACGGAUUGCAAGGCUGGUAAUGAGAGCACCGCUCCCUUUGCCGCACUCUCUCUGACCAAAAUGUGCAUGCAGAUUAAGAUAGUACGUGCUUUUGAGACGUCUCAAAAGUCGUCUCAAAAGUCCUUACCCUCCUCCGUCUCCUCCUCCUCCCUCUCCUCCUCCUCCCCCUCCUCCUCCUCCCUCUCCUCCUCCUCCCUCCCCUCCUCCACCUCCCCUCCUCCUCUCGCCGCCACCACCUUCACCCCCACCCCAAUCCCCACCACCACCCGCACCGCCACCCCCACUGCCAAUUUCCGCAGCACAAGAGCCCGCUCUAGCACCUCUUCCGCCUCCUCCUCCCUCUCCUCCUCCCUCUCCUCCUCCCUCUCCCCCUCACUCAUCUCCUCCCUCUCCCCCUCCCUCACCUCCGUUACCCCCUCCCGCACCCCCUCCACCCAACCCUCCGCCCCCUCCCCGGCCCCCAAGCCUCAUCUCCCGCCGCUCACCAGCUCCUCCUCCCAGACCUCGUAA